CUCUGAGUCAAGGCACUUGUAGAGGCUCUCCAGAAUAGUUCCGGGUUAGGAUUUCUGUCCUAGUGUAAUUAUUAAAACAGUUGCUUUUCACUGUCAAAAGUGUUCCAGUUGGGGAUAAAUUACGUUGUCUGUCUAGUUCUAGUCGUUUUGGUUUGAGACAGGGACGGGGUCUGGAGGAGGCGAGCCUGCGAGGGGCGCUCUCUGCAAUGGGUCUCGUGCUCGGCCUCCGCUGGCCUGAAGAAACUAAUUUCGAAUCUACAGACAUUUAGGAGGCAUCUGCAAUUGCAUCUUUUCUGUUGUGACAACAGCUGUGCUGACUGAAGUGGUUAAAGAUUCGUUUUCGAACUUCUCUCGAUAAGACUGUGAGAAAUUAGUAACAGUAACCAUCAAGAAGAAAAAUGUCGGUGACAUUGCAUACAGAUGUAGGUGAUAUUAAAAUUGAAAUCUUCUGUGAGAGGACACCCAAAACAUGUGAAAAUUUCCUGGCUCUUUGUGCCAGUAAUUACUACAAUGGCUGUAUAUUUCAUAGAAAUAUCAAGGGUUUCAUGGUUCAAACAGGAGACCCCUCAGGUACUGGAAGAGGAGGUAACAGUAUCUGGGGCAGGAAAUUUGAGGAUGAAUACAGUGAAUAUCUGAAGCACAAUGUUAGAGGCGUUGUAUCUAUGGCUAACAAUGGCCCAAACACCAAUGGAUCUCAGUUUUUCAUCACCUAUGGCAAGCAGCCACAUUUGGACAUGAAAUACACAGUAUUUGGAAAGGUAAUAGAUGGUCUGGAGACUCUAGAUGAAUUGGAGAAGUUACCAGUAAAUGAGAAGACAUACCGACCUCUUAAUGAUGUACACAUUAAGGAUAUAACUAUCCAUGCCAAUCCAUUUGCUCAGUAGCUAUAAUAGACAUGGACAAAUACUUGGCAAACUGUUUGAGGAACACACCUAUUGUGGUUUACCCAGUUUUAAUUAUGUCAGAGAUUGCAUCAUCCUGCUUGUUUACAACUAAGAUCUUCCGAAUUGUUAGUACCAAGGGGAACCAAAUAGCUUUUACUCCCAUUCUUAGAGCAUAUUCUUUACUAUUGCUAUUACCCAGUGUAUUUUUUUUUUAAAAUGUUUAAUUUUUGUUAUAUAAAAACAUUCAUUUUUAAAUGCUGAGCCUCAAAUCAGUCAUUUUUGAG